AUGGGUUCAGCAAAUUCACGAACGGCUUUACGCACUCUUAUUCAUGCACUAAUCAAUGGUCAAAGUCUGCCCCAUAUUUUUCUAACUCUAAAUCCGGUCGAUAUCCAUAGUCCUGUAGCACUAUAUUUUGCAGGCGUUAAACUUGAUUUGGACAACAUUCAAAUAGAACAACUUAUAAAUACUUACAAAAGGGCUGAAAUUAUAGCAUUUCAUCCAGUUGCUACUGCAAAAUUUUUUCAUUUAUUGAUUACUAAUAUCUUAAAUACUAUGAUUAUUGAUGGUGUUCUUGGACCAAUAAAGGCUUAUUUCGGUACUGCUGAAAGUCAAGGCCGAGGUUCACUUCAUUUACAUCUCCUUAUUUGGCUUGGCCAUGAUAUGAAACUAGCCGAUAUGGAAGAAAGAAUCCAAGAUGCCAAUUUUCGUGAUAAGUUAAAAGCAUACUUAGAAGAUAUCAUCAAAGAAGAUUUAGAUGAUUUCAAAGACAAACAUGCCUUUGAAGAUUCAAACGGUACAGAUGUUCUAUAUAAUCAAUCAGACUUAAUUCCAGCUUGCUUACCUACUCAAAAUCCAUCGUCACCUAAUUUUGCAUCAAGAUUUCGUGCAGAUGCCGUGCAACUUGUUGAAACAAGCGAUGUUCACAAGCACAGUGACACUUGCUAUAAAAAAAAAAUAAAUGCAGCAGAUAUGAAAUAUCUAUCGAAGACUGGAGUACCAGUGGAAGAAGCAGGUAACCAAAAAGGUCGAUCAGCUGAUGCACGUUAUCCUUUUCAAACGCAAUAUCCACAAACAACAACACAUCCAUUGAUGAAAUACGGUGAGUAUCAUGUACCUAUUCUUUAUGGUCCACAAAUUCCUCGACGAGAUCUUAAAAUUGAAAAUAAAUAUGUAAAAUUUGUUGUAGCUCAUCGUCAAUCUUCUUCAAAUGAAUCUAUCGAUUAUGCAAAUCAACAGCUUGUAUCGUUCAUUUUUGCAACACCAAACCUUAUUCGAUUAAACACACAAUGGCAAGAACAACUGAGGAAUGAAAAAGAAUGGGUUAGACGAGGUUUAAUUACAGGCCACUAUGACAAAGCAGAUGAUACAUUAGAUUUACACGCUGUAAAAGAUGCCGUUGUAACAGUAGUGAAUCCGAGUAAUGAUAAUAAAAACAGUUUUGAAAAUUAUGGCUCCACUAUUCCAGUGGUCUCGAUCACAACUAACUUUUCCACUCAAAAAAUCAUCGCUGACGAAUUUACAUUAAAUAAAGAACAACAAGCUGCAUUCAUCAUAAUAACAAGUCAUCUUGAUGGUGAUAGUCGUCAUCGUACAGAUACUUUUACAAAAUAA